AUGGCAGUCAAAAAGAAAAAGUCUAGUAGCAUCAAAACGCUGCGGAACGGUCAAAAUAAUACACAUACAGGGUCAAACGACACGACGCGACUGAAACCGGAAAACGUUGGAGGCCUGGUUCACGAUGAAAGCGACAUCAUUUCUUAUCGGGCAUAUUUGACUCAAAACCUCAUAAAGGCAAGCGAGAUGAUGGAUAUAUUGACCACUCAAAACAUACCACUGCCGAAAAUACUGGCACCACCCAUAUAUCCGAAUCUGGACCUAGAUGGUGCCAAAAAGUCUCUGGAAUUUGAAAAACAAGAGAUUGCGGCACUUGAAACACAACUGCUCACCAGCCAUCGCUUAGAACUCCCGUCGGAAUACAUAGCGUUGAAAGAGCUAUCGGAAGCUGUCGUGACAAAUGAAGGCUCCACCCCAAAAGCAAUAGAAAAGGUUCAACAAACGUUCAUGUCAAGGUUUCAAAGGCAUGUGCAAAAUGACCGCAUCGUCGUUCACCACAAUAGGUUUCCUCAGCUUCGUGGUGACUUGUCUAUAGCCCCAGCAGACUACUGGGCCAAACGGGCCGAAAAUUUGGCAAAGCAACAAGAAGAAAGGUUAAGAUUACAAGCGCUUCGUGAGCAAGAACAACGUGAAGAGCUUGCACGUAGGUCAGAAGAACAAGAAAGGCUGCGGCGAAAACAAGAAGAACAGCAGCUAUUUGAGGACCCCUUUGCUCAGCAACAGCCGCAGCAAAUUCAAUCGGUGCCUGGAGUACUUGCAUUCAAUGGCAACGGUAACGGUAACGGUAACGGUAACAGUAGCGGUAACGGUAACCAAAAUCAGCAACAGCAAGCGGAUCCAUCGCAGCAGGCAAUGCUGGGGUCGAUCUUUGGCGACGUUAAUGGAGAAAAUUUCAACAAUGGCUUCGAAGACGAAUUUGCUGAUCUAGAUACCGCAUUCUUUUGA